GGAAGAAAAUUGAGCUUUACUUUAAAUGCUUUCAUUAGUUUCGUAUCGCUAAUAAUUAUAGUUUUUAUACUUAUAUGAAUCUUGAUGUCGAAGUAUAACUAAUACUUCUUUUUGUAAAUUUAGAUUAAUUAAUUUUCAAUCCUUUAUAUAAUUUUAAUAACGAUCCACUUUAGAGUGUCAAACUACUAUAAAAUUCUUAUCAAUAACACUAACUGACAACACAGGAAGACAAAUCCAAAAUGGCUGCGGAUGAAUGGAGGAACUGUGUAGAAUGGUUGGUAAGAUGUCAAAUCCUACCACCAGACCACAAAGCAACAAAAUCAGAUGCUACGGCCUUUGAUCUAGCUCAAGCUUUGAGAGAUGGCGUUUUGUUGUGUCACCUUUUAAAUACACUGCAUCCUAACUGCAUAGACAUGAAAGAUUUUAGUUCCCGUCCACAGAUGUCACAGGUUUGAGUUUAUGUUAAAUUUGCAGUGCAGAUGGGUUAAUGUUUGACUAGUUGUGUAAAUAGUACCGACAUUGUUUACUUUAAACGGCUUUGAGGGACUCAUCAUGUGUCGCUUGUUUUUUAUUUUGACUUUUAUUGUGACAAUGUUUUUAAAUGUUAGGAUAAUUAGGCCCAAGGGUACCAGGCCCAAGUGUUCAGUGGUAUAUAUAAAUUAUAAACUAUUAUUAUAAACACAAAUCAAUCAUAAUCAAUGGUUGAAAAGGAAUUUGUAGUAAUUAUAUUUUUUAUAUUAAGAUAAGAUACAUUUACAUAUAAUCAGGAGCAUGUCAUUCAUAGGUAAAAGUAAAAUUAAAAUAAUAUUACAUGGGACUGGUACGAAUUUUUUUGCUUGGUUGGUAUCAUUGGCCUUCUACUUCUUAUUUAAAAAGCCUACUUGUCAAAGAAUUGAAUGUUCACUUGACUCACAGUAAAUUAUGAUGUAAAUCAAUUAACAAUUGGGAUUGAUUACAAUUUAUUAGUGAACACUCACGUCUUUGGAAGCUUAGCUUUUUUGAUGAGUAAAAGCAUUAUUAUUGACAUCUUCCAUUUUGCUGUUCUGAUCAAAUCUAGGUAAAUUAUAUGGUACACUUGGUAAACAUUUACUCCAUGCCUUGAAUUUUGGAGUUUGCCUUUCCAUUUAAUCAUACUCAGAAGAGCUCUGUGUACCAUGUAAUCCAUAGGUCGCAUUGGCAUUCCCAAAACAACAAUGUAGUUCUAUACAUUUAGUAACGAAAUUCUUAAUUCUAGCCCCUCCGUUUUAUCAUAGUUAGGCGAGGAGGUUAAUUCGAUCUUAUCUUCUUAACUGUAACAUCCUAUUUUUGUUUUGAAGGAAGAUUUGACCAAACCAACUAUUCUAAUUUUUGUCUCUACAAAUUAUUUCCCUUUCAUCAUAAGGGGGUCAUCCAUAAAUGACGUCACACUAUUUUUGUGCACCCCAAAUUCUCCCCCAUCAUCAAAAAAAUCUAGACGCACUCGUAAUACAUCAAUGAAUGCUUAACGUUAUUUAAGUAUGGGCCCUAAGUCUAGUUUUCGAUUAUAUGUUACUUUCAGGCAGUGGUUCCUAGAUUGCCUAGUUCUCUUAGGUAAACUGUCAAUAAAUGUGACAUGUCUACUAUGGAUGAAUGGAUGGAUAAAGCACUCUAGGUUUCAGCAGUUUACAGAAACUUUUGUUGAGGCGUAUUUUAAAUUUGAAUGAUGUUUAUAUUGGGAAAAAAAAAAAGAAAUGUUUACUGCCUUAUAAUCGUUUAUGUCUCUUGUAAUUUUGAAAAUAACUUGGCCUACAUUUUUAUUUCUUAAAAAAAAAAAAAAAAAAAAAAAGAAUGAUUGAACUUUUAACCAUUAUGGACAAAUGAUUAUGAUAUUUUUUUAAAAACUCAUUUUUUUAGUUCCUCUGUAUGAAAAACAUAAAAAAAAAAAAAAGAAAUGUUUAUUGCCUUAUAUUCGUUUUUUUCUUUUGUAAUUUUGAAAAAAACUUGGCCUACAUUUUUAUUUCUUAAAAAAAAAAAAAAAAAAAAAAGAAUGAUUGAACUUUUAACCAUUAUGGACAAAUGAUUAUGAUAUUUUUUUAAAAACUCAUUUUUUUAGUUCCUCUGUAUGAAAAACAUAAGAACCUUUCUUCAAACUUGCACAAGUGUUUUUGGAAUAGACCAACGAGAUUUAUUCAAGCCUAAUGAUUUAUUUGAUGUUAAAGAUUUCAAAAAGGUAUGGUUCUUUGCUUUCUGUAUGUAUUUGUGUGUUUGUGUAUAACUAUAAAUAACAUGCAUAUAGAGCUGUACUAAUGGCUGCUGGUUAGAACCUUUGGAAGAGAGGUGGGGUAAUUCCCUAUAUUAUGUGCUAAAAAAGAUAAUCAUGUCUUGUUUGUCUUAUUUGCCGCAUAUAUUUUCAAAAUUUAAGUUAUCUUUUUUUUUGUAGCGUAGUCUCUUCUAUUUGGAUAACCAUAGGCAGGACUUAGUAUGCUUUAAUAUAAUAGCAUAUUGAUAUCAUUGAAAUUUACUUCAUAGUCAUUAUACAUGAAAAACUAAAAUUACUAAAAAUAUAUCACAAUUGGCUUAUUACAAUAAUUUUAUCCUGGUCAAGCAGAUGACCAGAUGAUACAAAAUCUUGUAUGAAUUUUGUGUAUUAUUCAUUUAUUUUACAUCUUCUAAGAACCUGCAUUCUAAGGAAGACUAUGAUGAGAAAUUAACAUAUUUAUAUAGCUUUAACUGACACUUGCAUAUUAAGAAUUAAAAAAAAAUAUAUAUCAUUAUUUAAAGUUGUUGAAAUAGAUGCAUGUUUCCUUUCAUCAGGUGUUGGACACGCUAUCACAGUUGUCCAAAAGUGAACUGUCACAAAGGAAAUAUAGGUAAAAUUUUUAUUACUUUUAAAGUCUCGUAUUAAAAAAUGAUUUAAAAAAAAAAAUUUGAAAAUAUAAUCCAGAAAAGAUGAGAUAUGUCAUUAAACGAAUCACUUUGUCAUUGUUAAAUUAUGACUGUUUUAUUGUUGGGCACCAAAGUAAUUCCUCACACCACGUUAUGCUUUUGCUUUUUUCCCCCCUCUUACUACUUAUACAAAUUAUAUUUUUUUGUUUUUCUAUUUAAAUUGGUUUGCUGGAAAGUUUGUGAUCUUAACCUGAAAAAGUUAAAAAAUGAGAUUUUGUGAAGCUCUUAAAGACUUGGAGCUAGGAAUCUUUACAUUUACUGCAAUUAGGAAUCUUUACAUUUACUGCAAUGUCCAAAACUCUAUUUUCACUGAAAACUUUUAAAGGGGUUUUCAAAACCACUUUGCCGCUCCUGACCAACGGGAUGUUUACUACAAUGAUCUGGAAGCUUUGGCUACGUAAGUCCUUUGGCGGAUGCAUCUAGAGUUGUCUUGACUGAACUGUUGAAAUUAACACUAUUCCUGAGUUGUUUAGUUCUAAAGUGCAAUGGAUUUUCCAUUUAACAAUCCCAUAAUGGUGACUUGUUUUGACUUAACCCAACUAAUCACUGCAUGGUCUGUUGGAUGGUUUUAGUUCAGUUGUCCAUUGAUUUACUGUUUCAUUCAGUUGAACAUUGAUAGGAUUAUGUUGUAUGUAUAGUUAUUUGACCUAAGUAAUAAAUGUUCAAAUGGAUAAAAAAAAAAACAGAUAGAAAAACAACUGAUUAUUAACCUUUCUUGUUAUUUGGUGUUUUUAAAAGAUUUGUUCCCGGUUGCUGCAGCCAGGUAUCCCCAGCAACAAGAGCCCGGGGCAAUCACAACUUACAUUAGCAUAAACUUAUUAGUUUUUAAGUCCUGAAAAGACCUUAUGAAGACACAAAUCCAUCCAUUUUAAAAAUGUUCUCAUGAACUCAUUGGGUUAUUUUUAAACAUGAUACUAUAGUUCCCUCAUUUUUGCAGGGGACAUAGGGUGGAUUUGUCAAAAGAAUAUAUAAACUCCUCAGAUCAUUUAUUUUGUGAUUUUCUUAAAUCAAUGUUUCCAUCCUUGAGAAAUAAUUAUGUUGUAUACAAGUAGAUGAGCUUUGAGGAUCUGUAAAUAGACGCCAAUCCCCACACACCACUCUCUAAAGUCAUGAUCGUUGUACGGAUUAUGUAAUGCAGGAUCAUGUUUUAUCUCAUCAAUAAAAGAAAUGAUAAGAACUUAUUUGAAUGGUUGGAUCACUGGCUUGUGAAUUCUCAGCAAACUUUUGAUUUGUUUAUGUUAGCCCCAUUUAAAAAAUCAUAUUCCUUCUGGUAAUGCUGAAUGCACGCGGGAGCUUUGAGAAAGAUCGUAUUACAAUUUAAUAAGCAAGAACUUCUCAUGUGCUCUCCCUUGAUUGGUGGUGGGCCAUCCCCCUCACAUACUCAUAUGCUCCCACCCUUUGCAUCCUUUUGAUUGAGGCUACAUACUGCUGGGUGUCUAUGUGGUCAAGUGUGUCAACACCAACGCCAGAACACCUUGACUGCAGACAAGCAAAACAACAGGAUCAUAGGUGGUAGGAUCAUCUAAGAGAAGGACAUUUGUCUUGCAAACCUUGGUGGUAGGCUCAUCUAAGAAAAGGACAUUUUUCUUGCCAACCUUGGUGGUAGGCUCAUCUAAGAGAAGGACCUUUGUCUUGCCAACUUUGGUGGUAGGCUCAUCUAAGAGAAGGGCAUUUGUCUUGUCAACCUUGGUGGUAGGCUCAUCUAAGAGGAGGACAUUUUUCUUGUCAACCUUGGUGGUAGUCUCACCUAAGAAAAGGACAUUUGUCUUGCCAUCCUUGGUGGUAGGCUCAUCCAAGGGAAGGACAUUUGUCUUGCCAACUUUGGUGGUGGGCUCAUCUAAGAGGAGGACAUUUGUCUUGUCAAUCUUGGUGGUAGGCUCAUCUAAGAGGACAUUUUUCUUGCCAACCUUGGUGGUAGCCUUUUCCAAGGAAGGUAACCUCUGAUUGCAAACUUAAAUGUGCUUUGGGAGACAACCACAAAAGAAAAAUCUGGAGAUGGCGUCCCUAAGGGUAUAUGACAAUGAAUCAAUGAAAAUUAUGGCAGCUUCUGGGAAGCUGUAUCAAACUCUGGGUGUUCCCUUGGGUUCAGAAAAUCUAAUUGCUAAUAAACCAAGCUAAUUAAGCCUUGUUAUUAUUGGGCAAUGAUGUUUCAUUGUGUUUUUUUUUUACCAUUAGAUAAAAGAAAGUAAAAAUAAGAUAAUUAUAGCCGGGCUCUGUAACUUUAUUGAUAACUCUUCAGAGUAAUUCUAGUUUAUCGAUGACUCUGGGAGAGGAAAGAAUAUUUGUUUCAGCUGCGUGAAAGAGGCAGUGUGGCGAUAAAAUUACACUGGAUGAAUUGUAUGUGUGGUUUGGGGGGGGGGGUUGCACUAAAUUGAUACUGUGCCUGUAAUAACACUGUGAUUAGGCCCUGCUUUUGAAUAUUACGUUUAAUGGCUUCAAAUAUUUGUUUCAGCUGCGUGAAAGAGGCAGUGUGGCGAUAAAAUUACACUGGAUGAAUUGUAUGUGUGGUUUGGGGGGGGGGGGUUGCACUAAAUUGAUACUGUGCCUGUAAUAACACUGUGAUUAGGCCCUGCUUUUGAAUAUCACGUUUAAUGGCUUCCUGUAUUCAUUAUAUAUUUCAAACCUUGUAUCAAUGGAGUGUUUAGUGAAGGAGAAAGGUUAUAUAGAAAAAGUGUUAAGUUAUUUUCAAUUCUGUUUAUCCUAAUCAAUCCAAAUCCAAUUGUGAAACCAUACUAUUAAUUCCCAUUGCUGAGAUACUGACCCGAAGAAAUCUCUCACAAAAAAACAACAACAACCAAACAAACAUUUUUAUCCCUUUCUACCUUUAAAAACUGGGGACAUCUAGGGCAUGCCAUUCUUGUAGUUACUCGUUAGUUUCUGGUUAAUUGUAUGUGUCAUGUGUUCAUUUGCCUUCCUAAUAUUGCAACCAAUUACUACCAGCCAUUAAAGAUACCAAGUUGUGUGUUCCUACCACUGGCCCGUACCACUAUUCUGGAGUCCCAGAAACACCUAAUGAGAUAAUGACUGGCCUGUUUAUGAAGGAAUGUUGUGAGUCAAUUAACUCAUUAGGCAGGCCAUUUCACAAAGCCAUGACUGGUUGGAUAGGGCAUUGAGCAUGCAAUGGUGUUUGUGGAUAACUUGUAGAUUUAUUUCCCAGCUGCUUUCUAUCAUUUUUUCCUUGACUUUUGUGUCUGGUCUGAUCUUUGUUCCAGCCCUAAGAUAAAACUACCCAGGACCUUGUGUAAACGACCUGUUAUAUUCUCACGUGUCAACCAGCCUGUCAUAUUGUCAUAUGUGAACCAGCCUGUCAUAUUGUUACAUGUGAACCAGCCUGUCAUAUUGUCACAUGUGAACCAGGCUGGCAUAUUGUCACAUGUCAACCAGCCUGUCAUAAUGUCACAUGUCAACCAGGCUGGCAUAUUGUCACAUGUGAACCAGGCUGUCAUAUUGAUGUGAACCAUCUUGUAAUAUAGUCCCAUGUAAAACUGCUGUGUUCUGAUGGCUUUUUAUAUUAACAUGCUGUAUCCUUUUGUUUAAGCUCUAUUACUUACAUUUUUUCUACUCUUGAUUGAAACAUUAUCUUUAUUGACUUAUCCUUUGUACCAACCGUAACUUGAUAUGUCUUGUACUCUCUCCAUUCAAGUUUGGAUGGUAUAGGGCAGGCUUGCACAACUCAAAAUGUAAGGCGGGCCGCAAUACUUUAUGGAAAAACUUGUGCGGGCUGAAAGAAAAGAGGAGGGGGGGGAGCUAUUAAAAAAAUACUAAUAAAAAUAAUAAAUAUUUUGUUAAUUCGUGGGCGCAAAGUGAGUGCUGCCGGGUCACAUGUGGCCGGCGGGCCGUAUGUUGUGCAGGCCUGGUAUAGGGUAUGUGAACAUGGUGUAGUUUCUUCUGUACUUGAGCCAUUUUCUGAUUUGACUGAUUGCAAUUAAUUAUCUUGUGUCUAUUGUUUGUCCCGGAUUUAGUGGCUUCCCACCAGAGUCUAGUCCAGGAGAGCAUGAUGAUGGAGAUAUAUAUGGCAACCUUCAGGACCUAGCUUCGUGAGUACUUUUCUUACCCCUUCAAACAAACAACACAUAUUGUCAUAUAUGUAAAUAGAAACUACUGCUACAUUCCAAGAUUUCUGUUGUUCACUACAUGAUAUUCUAUUUUUAUGUUUCAUAAUAAUCCUAGACAUUAUAUAUUUCUUCAUUCUUUGCUCUUUUAUUUUUGCGUUAGUCAUUGAAAUCGUUCGCAUAGCACAAAAAUCUCUAUAUAUAAUUCGCCAGCAAAGGUUAAACACCAACACACACCACGCAGGCUAUUUAUAGAUACGCCAGAGUGUGGUUCAAUAAUGAGUUCACUAGUGCGCAAAAUAUAAUUCCCGAUAACUACGCUAUAUAUGAUAUAUAUAUUUUUUUAAUAACGCAAUUGCGUUUGGUGCAUAAUAUUUUCUUUUCGGAAAUGAAAUCGUCUCAAUUUAAGUAUUGUGUAAAAAUAUUAGGUUUAAAAGUGGUUGGGACAUGAGAAUAUUAAUAUAGUUCAUGGGCAUGAAAUAAAAAGUGUGUAGUGACGUAUCAUGGGGAAGGGGUGUAGCAAAUAUUGGGAUUCUUAAAUGUGUGUUACUUGAGUUCAUGUUUUGUCAAGUAACUUUACUAGAUGUGAAGUUUAGGCGGCAACUGUUUGGCGGGCUCUAUCUAGUGAUUUAUAUUCAUGGGACAUUUUUGGAUUGUGUAACUAAUAGGAGUGACCAAUGGCCUGUGGAUUAACUACCUGACCAGCAAGACCGCUUAGUUAGUUUAACACUUGUUGAAGAGUUUAAUACGGGGACAGUUGAUCAGCUUAAUUUGUUGAAACCCAAUAAAAUGUCUGUGAAAAAAUGUUGAUAAAAAAAAAAGUGAAUACAAAUUGAUAAAGUAAUAUGAUGUCAUGUCACCAUAGAUAUUUGUUGCAAUAACCAAAGAAAAGUAAAGAGUUUAAGUUUUAACAGUUCCAGAAGAAAUGGGGGACCUAAGAUUUAUAAUUUAAUGAGCAAUUUAUUGUAUCAAAGAUUUAUAAUUUAAUGAGCGUUUCACCAGGUUUUACUUUGUACCUUCUAAUUUGGGACUCGUGCUUUGGUUACCCGGCUCUAAACACUGGUCUGUAAACUCCAUUCAAACUCCAUUGUUUUGAAAGGUCAUUUACGGCUCUGGUUUUUUGCCACUUAGGCCAGCGGCUGUAGCAACUUGUACCACCUAAACAAGCUGACAUGAUAUGGAGCUCCUGUAACCCAAUACACUGGGAGCUCCUUGUGAACCCUCACAGUUGAAGUUACUUGUACUGUACAAACCAAACAAACAUGGUGGGUAUGUAGUGUAACCAAAUACACUAGGAGCUCCUUGUGAACCCUCACAGUUGAAGUUACUUGUACUGUACAAACCAAACAAACAUGGUGGGUAUGUAGUGUAACCCAAUACACUAGGAGCUCCUUGUGAACCCUCACAGUUGAAGUUACUUGUACUGUACAAACCAAACAAACAUGGUGGGUAUGUAGUGUAACCCAAUACACUAGGAGCUCCUUGUGAACCCUCACAGUUGAAGUUACUUGUACUGUACAAACCAAACAAACAUGGUGGGUAUGUAUUGUAACCAAAUACACUGGCAGAACGCUGUGAACUCUCAGCUCAAAUAAUUGCCUCCUUCAUGUGUUUGGCAUGGCUUAGGUUGUCUCCCUGUUCAUAUUAAACCAGGAUGUAAUGGUUCCUCUCUUCUCAGUUUUGAUACAAUAAUAGACUUCCUUGAUUUCUGUGUGAACACUUAAGAUAGUACUUCCACACAGUUUCAGUUUGUUAAUGUACUUCCACAUAGUCUCAGUUUGUUAACAUACUUCCACGUAACGUCGAUUGAUUGUUAUACAUCGUUGUAUCAGUAAACCCAUUCACUUAAAGUGGUGUGGCCCCACCCAGCAGAGAUCAAAGCACCUUCUAGUCUCUCAUGUGCCCUUUUGUUAACAUGAUGAAAUCAAGCUAAAAUAACGGGCAGUGUGUAAAUGAAGAUGCGUACGUUUAAUAAAAUAUUGUGUUGCAAUGAUACCAGCCUCACAUCUCCCGCACAUCAUCAAACCUUGUCAUCCUCUAGUUAUGUAGCACACUGCCUUGUUUCACGACUUUCUAGUAACUUUAAAACCACUUCCUCAUUGGUUUGUCAGCAGAGAAUAAAUAGGAUCAUUGGGAGGUGUGGCAUCCCCUGUAUUAAUGGAAAUAAUUUCCCACCCUUUCGGGAUCGGGGAGAUAAUGCAGUUUCCUAGUUGCGUGACUGAAAGUUUAUUACAGAUUUUCUUAUUAAACUGAUCUGCUCUCAGAACCCAAGUUCAAGGGCAGGCAAUUCUGAUUAAAAAGUGAGCAGUAAAGGUGACCCCAACCCUUCACCCUGCACAAUUUAAAUAUUGAAUUUAACAAAAAACUAACCCUUACCAGUAGAAAAGGGAAUUAAAAUGCCACAAAGGAAAAGACCCCCUCCCCCCUUUUUUUUUGUCCUUGUCUCCCUUGGCAUUAGUUGGAAGGUGGGUCUGGGCGGAUGAUAGUUCCAGGUAAUACACACCUGCUUCAGCUCAGCAGCCCAAGUUUGUUGACAGUGACAGUUAAGUUGUGGGGAGCCUAAACAGGUGUCACUUCCUUGUUACUGAAUAUACCCAGUUUAACAAUGGGCCCACUGAGCAAGGUCUAUGACAUUGGGGUUCCAGGUGAUUGGUCAGCAACCAAUGGAAGCAAUAGCUUUGUUACAGAGUUGUUACAUGUCGCUAACUAUUGACUCUCGUCUUUCUACUCUUUCUUUAAGUAUGGACAAAAACAAAACAACCAAUGGAAGCAGUAGCUUUGUUACAGAGUUGUUACAUGUCGCUAACUAUUGACUCUCGUCUUUCUACUCUUUCUUUAAGUAUGGACAAAAACAAAACAACCAAUGGAAGCAGUAGCUUUGUUACAGAGUUGUUACAUGUCGCUAAUUAUUGACUCUCAUCUUUCUACUCUUUCUUUAAGUAUGGACAAAAACAAAACAACCAAUGGAAGCAGUAGCUUUGUUACAGAGUUGUUACAUGUCGCUAAUUAUUGACUCUCAUCUUUCUACUCUUUCUUUAAGCAUGGACAAAAACAAAACAACCAAUGGAAGCAGUAGCUUUGUUACAGAGUUGUUACAUGUCACUAACUAUUGACUCUCGUCUUUCUACUCUUUCUUUAAGUAUGGACAAAAACAAAACAACCAAUGGAAGCAGUAGCUUUGUUACAGAGUUGUUACAUGUCACUAACUAUUGACUCUCGUCUUUCUACUCUUUCUUUAAGUAUGGACAAAAACAAAACAACCAAUGGAAGAAAUAGCUUUGUUACAGAGUUGUUACAUGUCGCUAACUAUUGACUCUCAUCUUUCUACUCUUUCUUUAAGUAUGGACAAAAACAAAACAACCAAUGGAAGCAGUAGCUUUGUUACAGAGUUGUUACAUGUCGCUAAUUAUUGACUCUCAUCUUUCUACUCUUUCUUUAAGUAUGGACAAAAACAAAACAACCAAUGGAAGCAGUAGCUUUGUUACAGAGUUGUUACAUGUCGCUAAUUAUUGACUCUCAUCUUUCUACUCUUUCUUUAAGUAUGGACAAAAACAAAACAACCAAUGGAAGCAGUAGCUUUGUUACAGAGUUGUUACAUGUCGCUAAUUAUUGACUCUCAUCUUUCUACUCUUUCUUUAAGUAUGGACAAAAACAAAACAACCAAUGGAAGCAGUAGCUUUGUUACAGAGUUGUUACAUGUCGCUAACUAUUGACUCUCAUCUUUCUACUCUUUCUUUAAGUAUGGACAAAAACAAAACAACCAAUGGAAGCAGUAGCUUUGUUACAGAGUUGUUACAUGUCACUAAUUAUUGACUCUCAUCUUUCUACUCUUUCUUUAAGUAUGGACAAAAACAAAACAACCAAUGGAAGCAGUAGCUUUGUUACAGAGUUGUUACAUGUCGCUAAUUAUUGACUCUCAUCUUUCUACUCUUUCUUUAAGUAUGGACAAAAACAAAACAACCAAUGGAAGCAGUAGCUUUGUUACAGAGUUGUUACAUGUCGCUAAUUAUUGACUCUCAUCUUUCUACUCUUUCUUUAAGUAUGGACAAAAACAAAACAACCAAUGGAAGCAGUAGCUUUGUUACAGAGUUGUUACAUGUCGCUAAUUAUUGACUCUCAUCUUUCUACUCUUUCUUUAAGUAUGGACAAAAACAAAACAACCAAUGGAAGCAGUAGCUUUGUUACAGAGUUGUUACAUGUCGCUAAUUAUUGACUCUCAUCUUUCUACUCUUUCUUUAAGUAUGGACAAAAACAAAACAACCAAUGGAAGCAGUAGCUUUGUUACAGAGUUGUUACAUGUCGCUAAUUAUUGACUCUCAUCUUUCUACUCUUUCUUUAAGUAUGGACAAAAACAAAACAACCAAUGGAAGCAGUAGCUUUGUUACAGAGUUGUUACAUGUCACUAACUAUUGACUCUCGUCUUUCUACUCUUUCUUUAAGUAUGGACAAAAACAAAACAACCAAUGGAAGAAAUAGCAUUGUUACAGAGUUGUUACAUGUCGCUAACUAUUGACUCUCAUCUUUCUACUCUUUCUUUAAGUAUGGACACAAAAACAACAAACAACCAAUCUACAAAUGUUCUUCUCCACAAACCGUGUCUUACCAAAUCUGGUGGAUGAGUGUCAGAUGGCCCACAUUUAGAGUUGGUUUCAGUUACUUAUUUAGCUUUGAUCGUUUGCCAUGCUUUUAAGUUGACUUAAUGACCUUUGACCCCAUUCCUGAGCCAAGGUUGCAGAAAAGCAUGAAUUACUUCCUCGUUACCGAAUGUCAUGACAGCAUAAUGCUCCACUGGUUCUCAAACAUUAGUUCAUAAAGGAUCAAAUGGUUCUCAAAUGUCAGUACAAAGUGGGUCCUAAGGUUCUCAAAAGGCAGUACUUUAUACUCUCACUCUUUCUAAAAUGUCACUACAUUAUCAAUCCCUAUAGAUAUUCCAGAUUGAGCCUAUGAACAUGAGGUGACAUAUUUAAAGAUCAAAGUCCAUGAAUAUAGUAAAGUGUAUAUUUAACACAGUGUACACUAUGAUAAUGAGGUGACAGAUUUAAAGAUCAGACCUGUUUACCCCCAAACUCUUAAAAUCGUACAAUAUCACCACAAAAUUGUUCAAUACAUUAUCUUAAUAGUAAAAAAAACACACAGUGUAUAUAAUGCAUACACCUCAAAAUCGUACAUUGCACGCCAAAAUCGUAAGAGUAAACAGGUCUUUGAAUAUAGUAAAGUGUAUAUUUAACACAGUGUACACUAUGAUGAUGAGGUGACAUAUUUAAAGAUCAAAGUCCAUGAAUAUAGUAAAGUGUCAAGAAGACAGAGCCAUUUUGGAUUGUCUGUGUCAAGAAGACAUAGUCGUUUGGACUGUCUGUGUCAAGAAGACAGAGCAAUUUUGGACUGUCUGUCAAGAAGACAGAGCCAUUUUGGACUGUCUGUGUCAAGAAGACAUAGUCGUUUGGGCUGUCUGUGUCAGAAGACAUAGUUGUUUGGGCUGUCUGUGUCAAGAAGACAGAGCAAUUUUGGACUGUCUGUGUCAAGAAGACAGAGUCGUUUGGACUGUCUGUCAAGAAGACAGAGCCAUUUUGGACUGUCUGUGUCAAGAAGACAUAGUCGUUUGGGCUGUCUGUGUCGGAAGACAUAGUUGUUUGGGCUGUCUGUGUGAAGAAGACAGAGCAAUUUUGGACUGUCUGUGUCAAGAAGACAGAGCCAUUUUGGACUGUCUGUGUCAAGAAGACAGAGUCAUUUGGACUGUCUGUGUCAAGAAGACAGAGUUGGUUUGGACUGUCCUGUGUCAAGAAGACAGAGCCAUUUGGGCUGGCUGUGUCAAGAAGACAGAGUCGGUUUGGACUGUCCUGUGUCAAGAAGACAGAGUCGGUUUGGACUGUCCUGUGUCAAGAAGACAGAGUCGGUUUGGAAUGUCUGUGUCAAGAAGACAGAGCCAUUUUGGACUGUCUGUGUCAAAAAGACAACCCUUUUCACAAGCCCUGCACUUACUUUGCAAAAAAAGAUAUAAAAAAUAAAAUUAUUACUUUACAAAUAUAAAACAAUAUAUAUUCUUGUAGGGCAUUGAACGAAAUUAUACAAUCUUUGUGAAUUAAGCUGCAAUCUCAAAAUUUGUGCAAAUUAGAUAUCCUUAUUUGCAUAAUUUAUGCAUGCAUUUUUUAUACUUAUAAUAAACAUGUAUUACUUGCAGAAAUUUGUUUAAUUUUCUGAUUGUUGAAGAUUCAGCGUGGAAUGACUGCAUUAAAUAUUUCCACUGGGGAUGCUUAUACCUUUGGCAUAUUUCAAGGUCAAAUAUUUUUUAAGUGUUUAUAUGAGUCACUAGGUACAAAAAAAAAUUGAUAUAAAUGAAUGAACACUGUAAACCAUCAAUGGAAGCCACCAUCAAAAUGGUGAGAUGAGUAAGAAGUAAGAGAAACAAAGACCAGCCAGCCAAUCUCAAGGCUUUUAUUAUUGGGCAGAUGGAUCUGCCUUUCGUCUUUUUUGCCAUUCGACUAACCCCAAGCAGAUAGAUCAUCAGAGUCGUCUCAAGAUGGUUAAUAUAUAUCUGCUUUUUAAGAAAUAAUCAGGAAAUGAUAUAAUCCUGUUAAUUAUACAGCUCUCUAAUUGAAAGCAUACCCCAAAAUAUUUAUAGCCAAAAAAAAAAUUGUUAAAAAGUCAUGUCAUUAAUUUUUUAAUAUUCGCAGACUACAUGCUAUUUUACGAAAACCAUUCAGAGCACAUUGAAGGACUUUUUAAUAUUUGUGGGACCAAAUAACUUGAACUGUAGAUCGCAAGAUGCUUGUGUCUGCAGAGACACAGGAGCAAGAAAGUCUUUAUAGAGACUGUCCUAAUGUUUGGUUGUUUGGGGGAUAUGAAUAGGACAGACAGUCUUUUGGGGACACAUUGAACAGUUCAUUACAAUCCUUUUUUUUUUACAAAGGAAAGAGUUUGGCAGAUUGUUAUUCCUAUUUCAAAUCUAAUUGAUCACUAAUUAAGUCGAUACUGUCACCAAGGGAGUUCUUUGAGGGCUGAUUUCUAAGCUAUAGAAUAGAAAGACUUACGAUGCUUGUGUUCUUCUCCUUCUAUAGUUUAAGUUGCUACAUUUGUAAAAUUUUGUCUUGGUUAAACUAUGCAUUUAUUUAGGCGCUGAAAAUGAACAAUAAAAUUUUAAAAAAACCUUUGUAGUUAUUUGCGUCAAUAAAAGAUUCUUAUCUUAUCUUGUCUUAUAAUAGACAAAAAAAUCAUCUUGCAUGAUUUUUUAUGUUUAUGAAAAGGGAUAUUUGAUUCAGACAAGCCCCAUAUCUUCUGUAAUGUAAGGACUGAAGGAAGAUUCUGUGAAUUCCUUUCUGUUGUUGUUGAGGCCAGUCUGCUAAUGAUGUCUGGUUGUUGUUGAUAGUAUCCGUCUGUUUGGUGUUGAUACAGUCUGCCGAUGAUGUCUGGCUGUUGUUGAGAGUAUCUGUCUGUUUGCUGUUGAUGAUGAUGUCUGGUUGCUGUUGUUAGUAUCUGUCUGCUUGCUGUUGUUGAUAGUAUCUGUCUGUUUGCUUUUGUUGAUUAGUAUCUGUCUGUUAUCUGUCUGUUUGCUUUUGUUGAUAGUAUCUGUCUGUUUGCUGUUGCAGAGAAAUUGACCUCGAGGACCAAGAGGACAUCUAUGACACAGUUUACCAGGAGGAUGAGGAGAAGAUUUAUGAAGACCUUCUUAGGGGCAGCAAGAAAGUCACAGCGGUGAGCAGUGCUUUUGUGUCUUAAAAGAUUUGCUCCCUUUUCCAAGUGUCUUUUCAGGGGCACCAUUAUACUUAUAAACUAUUGACCGUUUUCUAGGGUCUGUCUGGAUAAAGCAUUAGGCUGUAUAUCUGUGAACUAUUAAUGCAUUCUAGCUACCCUUCUAUUUCAACACUGGUGGAGGAUGUUGUCAAUAUUAAAUAGUUAGAUAUGUGUAUAUCUUUCUGAGCAAAGCUUUUUCUGGGUGGUUACGGUGUAUCUUUAAAUGUGCUGUCCCAAUAUUCUUAGGAAUGUGUACUAAUGACCUUUGUGUGGUUGUACAGUAAACUUAGUACCCAAGACAGUGACAGCGUGGUGCACAGUAAACUUAGUACCCAAGACAGUGACAGCGUGGUGCACAGUAAACUUAGUACCCAAGACAGUGACCGCGUGGUGCACAGUAAACUUAGUACCUAAGACAGUGACAGUGUGGUGCACAGUAAACCUAGUACCUAAGACAGUGACCAUGUGGUGCACAGUAAACCUAGUACCUAAGACAGUGACAGUGUGCUGCACAGUAAACUUAGUACCUAAGACAGUGACAGUGUGGUGCACAGUAAACACAGUACCUAAGACAGUGACAUUUUAUGAUUAUUACUAUUGAAUGGACUUUUACUUCUCCUGCUUUUUAGCACAGCUUUUCAAAACAGUUUCUUCUUACUUAUUUUUUUAUUAUUACUAUUGAAUGGACUUUUACUUCUCCUGCUUUUUAGCCCCGCUUUUCAAAACAGUUUCUUCUUUCUUGUCAUUGUUUUUCAGUUUUAGAAUUCUGCCCCCCCCCCCCCCUCAUUCCUUUAUGUUACCUACAUUGAUUGUGAUAAUCCCCCCUUAAUUACUGAUCUCCCCUGUAUCAAAUAAUCUCUACCCCAUCAUGGUUAUCUCCCUUCUAUCACAUCUCUACCCCAUCAUUGUUAUCUGGCCCGGUCCUAACAUCUCUAUCACUCAUUCAUUCACUAUCCAUCAGGAGACAACAGACUUACCAUUCAAGUAUUCAGUAAGUCCAUAAUUUUCUUAGCACACUUCUGCAUGACCUUCACCUCUCAUUCAAUUCCUUCAUUGAAUGUAAUUUUUUUCGUUAUUACUAAAAAAAAUAAAUAAUGUUACAAUCUUAAUAAAAUCUUUUAUUUAUCUUGACAUGAACGCAGAGCCAUUGUGUGGGGCCCCGGAUAUUUGUGCGGCCUAAAAUUGUUAUACAGAAAAAUGUUUAAUUAUCAACUUUGAAUCCAAGGGUCAUGAAAUGAAAAGUGGCCGGGGGCUUCCAAAAUUCACGCUGUCUGCAAAAAAAGUCUGAUUGGUGGCCUUGUUGGUUGAGCUUCUUUAGUUCACUUUGAAGAAAAAUUUCCGUAAACCCAAUUACCAGACAGCUCUAUGAACAGAAAGCUAUACAAAUUGUUUGGUUAUCUUUGAAUUAAGUUUUGUUCAAAUGAACUUUUCCAAGAAUGCAAAAUAAAAGAAACAGUCAGUUUUCAAGGGGGGUGGGUGGGUGGGGUUGUGGAGGUGUAAUUAACAUAAUAUUUGAAAAAUGUGUUUUAUAAUUGCUUCCCUUGAUUAAAAAAAAAUCAAAAGUUAACGUUAUCUUUCUCUUACUUAAAGUUCAGCUUCCAUUAUGAUUUAUCUUUUUACAAAAUUUUCAUAAGGGUACGUCUUAGUGUGUUUAUGGUUACAGUAAGUUUGAAUAAGGACAUGUUUUUAAGCACUGUAAAUUCUCAGUGAGGUUCAACUAAGCAUGGAACAUAAUGGAAGUUUAUCAUUUGUAAAACACUUUGCAGCCAGGAAAGUGCGAUUUGUGAGGUAACUGAAUGUCCCAUAACGCAGGGGUUCGCCUCAUGCAAGAGCUGUUUCUUUUUACACUCCCCCCACCCAGGGACACAACAACACACUUUUUUCGAGGCCACUGAGCUGUAUAAAUCAUCUAAUGCCCCAUCCCUUAUGUAGAGCAGAUUUAUAGCACCAUUUUAAAAUUUUAGACAAUUUCCAUAAAACAAAAAUUAAUUACUAGGCACCGAAAUGCACUUGCUCUAUUUUAAGAAUCUCAUUUAACGCAGUUAUUAUUAUGAGUUUUAUUUUGCAUGCUAUUCCACUCACUGUUACACCAUACUUUCGAGGGAAUUAGAUUGAUUGACAUGAAAGCAAAAUCCUGCGUCUCUGCAUUUUUAUGUAAUCGAAUAGAUGAAAUCUGCGCUUAAAUGUAAGCAUGCAAAGAGAGUAUUGUAUAGAUCUCUAGUUCCCCUAUGGAAGCCAUCUGAUUGGUCUACGUCAGUGGUUCUCAACCUUCCUAAUGCCGCAACCUUUUAAUACAUUUCUCGUGUUGUGGCGACCCCCCAGCCACAAAAUUAUUUUCGUUGCCACUUCAUAACUGUAGAGUAUAUCUGUUUUCCGAUGGUCUUAGGCGACCCCUGAGAAAGGGUAGUUCGACCCCCAAAGGGGCCCACAGGUUGAGAACCGCUGGUCUGCGUGGACUGUGUUAGUGAUGAUGGGUGGCUUGAAAUAUUGUCCCUCUUUGUCACAGCUUACAGGAGAACCACAGACAAAGAGAGAUCACUGCAUCAGGGAACUGUUUGAGACAGAGAACAACUACAAGACGGCCCUGCAUAUGAUUAUUGAGGUGAGGCGAGGCACACGUUAUAGGGCAAUCAAGCUGGUUACAAAAGACACACAUUGACAGAGCAAUCAAGUUGGUUACAUUGACACACAUUGACAGGGCAAUCAAGUUGGUUACAAAAGACACAUUUACAGGGCAAUCAAGUUGGUUACCAAAGACACAUUGACAGGGCAAUCAAGUUGGUUGCAUAUGACACACAUUGACGGAUCAAUCAAGUUGGUUACAUUGACACACAUUGACUGAUCAAUCAAGUUGGUUACAUUGACACACAUUGACUGAUCAAUCAAGUUGGUUACAUUGACACACAUUGAUGGAUCAAUCAAGUUGGUUACAUUGACACACAUUGACUGAUCAAUCAAGUUGGUUACAUUGACACACAUUGACGGAUCAAUCAAGUUGGUUAUAUUGACACACAUUGACUGAUCAAUCAAGUUGGUUGCAUAUGACACACAUUGACGGAUCAAUCAAGUUGGUUACAUUGACACACAUUGACUGAUCAAUCAAGUUCGUUUGCAGUUGUUUAUAUUAAAUAAAUAUCUCUCAAUACUUUAACAAUUGUAAAAAAUUCCCAAAAGUACCCAAAAAAUCGUGCUUUUGUUAUGUCCUCACUAGGUGAAUUAAGAUAAAAGACUUGGCUUGGCCAUACAAAAUUCUCCCAAAUGGAUUGCUCAUAGAUAGCCAGAGGGACAUCAGGAUAGAAUAACACAGCGGCCUUGCUGAUGGCAUUAUUUGAUCAAUGAAUUCAUCAGUUUCAUUUCUAUAGUCAUGACGCCUUGCUAAAUAAUGUGCAUUGUCAUACUUAUCAUAAUGUCUCAUAUGCAUCCAUUAAGGUGUGCCCUGGUUACGGCUUAAAUAAUGUUUAGAAUUUCACUUUAAUCCACUCUAUAUCUCUAUAUUUUUCAGUAUUUUAUCAAACCCCUCCACAAUAUACUUCCUUCAAGUGACAGAGAGGUUAUCUUUGCACACAUAGAAGUAAGUCCACAGCUAUCAGAAUAAAAUAUCUUAAAAUUUGUCACUUUUAGUGUUAAUAGUAGAAAGUAGUGUGCUUCUUUAUACCUAAUGUGUAUAAUGGUCAUCUUCCUCUAUAUUUAAUGUGUAUAAUGGUCAACUUCCUCUAUAACUUAUGUGUAUACUGACCAUCUACCACAGCAACUCUAUGAAGUCCACAAAGAGCUACAUGAAAAGCUAAUCAAGUCUGUGAAUGAGGGAAGCCCACGGCUGGCCGACGUCUUCAUCACAUUCAAGACCAAGCUUCUCAUCUACGGGGACUACUGCUCGAAUCUACCAAAAGCUCAAAGUCGCAUUGAUAAAAUCUGUGAGAAUGAACAACUUAGGCUCAAAAUUCAGGUUUGCACUGUAUGAUGUUUGUUAAGUCUAAAAUGCUUGAUGUUUGUCUGAAGUCAGCAAUGUGUGAUGUUUGUCUGAAGUCUGCAAUGUGUGAUGUUUGUCUGAAGUCAGCAAUGUGUAAUGUUUGUCUGAAGUCUGUAAUGCAUGAUGCUUGUCUGAAGUCUGCAAUGUGUGAUGUUUGUCUGAAAAUAACACUCUCAAAUCUUCUGACAAUUGAAGUUUUGUAAUGCAUAUUACUCAUAAUUUCUACAGUGUACUAUUCUACUCUAUGCUUUUGUGAAUUAGAUGUGACAAGAUUUUUUGUUCUCUGUGAAAACUGGUAACUCUGUUUCUUGUUUGCUUCGAACAGGAAUGUGAAAAGAGAGCUAAUGAAGGCAAAUUCCGAUUAAGAGAUUUGUUGCACGUCCCGAUGCAGAGAGUUUUAAAAUAUCAUUUGCUGAUGAGGGUAAGAACAUGUCUUCAUGCAAUAAAUGUUUUAGCCUAGAAAAUGGCUCAAAGAAAUGUGUCCUCUUGUGUCCUGGUCCUUAAAUCCCCAUUCCUCAUUUGUCAUGGUCAAUAAAUCCCCAUUGCCCUCGUGUCCUGGUCCUUAAUCCCCAUUGCCCUUUUGUCCUGGUCCUUAAUCCCCAUUGCCCUUUUAUCCUGGUCCUUAAUUCCCAUUGCCCUUGUGUCCUGGUCCUUAGUCCUCAUUGCCCUUGUGUCCUGGUCCUCAUUCCUCAUUGCCCUUGUAUCCUGGUCCUUAUUCCUCAGUGCCCUUUUGUCCUGGUCCUUAAUCCUCAUUGUCCUUGUGUCCUGGUCCUUAGUCCUCAUUGCCCUUGUGUCCUGGUCCUCAUUCCUCAUUGCCCUUGUGUCCUGGUCCUUAAUCCUCAUUGCCCUAGUGUCCUGGUCCUUAGUCCUCAUUGCCCUUGUGUCCUGGUCCUCAUUCCUCAUUGCCCUUGUGUCCUGGUCCUUAUUCCUCAUUGCCCUUGUGUCCUGGUCCUUAAUCCUCAUUGCCCUUGUGUCUUGGUCCUUAGUCCUCAUUGCCCUUGUGUCCUGGUCCUCAUUCCUCAUUGCCCUUGUGUCCUGGUCCUCAUUCCUCAUUGCCCUUGUGUCCUGGUCCUCAUUCCUCAUUGCCCUUGUGUCCUGGUCCUCAUUCCUCAUUGCCCUUGUGUCCUGGUCCUUAAAUCCCAUUCCCCCAUGGGCCCUGAGGAAACUGUACACAAACAGUGGCACAAGCAAAACAAAAGUCUAUGAUUAUGAAGUGAUCAAGAUUUGUUCUUUCAUUACCAUCUAUUCUAUGAUUAUGAAAUGAUCAAGAUUUGUUCUUUCAUUACCAUCUAUAUCGUCUGCCACCAGUCCAUUAAUAUUAUUAUAACAAAAGUAGAAAUUUAUAAUAAAACUUAUCAAAAGAAAAUAAAUUGUCCUACAAUGGUUGAAGUAUAGCAUAGGAGACGAUCGCUCUCACUGCCCUCAUAUCCAUAAAAACAUGGAAAUAAUUUUGAUAUAUUUUAUUUUAAUGACAUCUUGACAUUGUAACAAUUGACUGAAACAAAGUGAAUGGAGAAACAUAGUUAAUGGACUGUAAUGUACUUGGUUGUUUUGAAAUGUCAUUGUUACAAGUCAGCAACUCCCCUGUCCUCAAACCAACACACCCCUGUCCUCGCACCAACACACCCCUGUCCUCACACCAACAGACCCCUGUUCUCACACCAACAGACCCCUGUCCUCACACAAACACACCCCUGUCCCUCACACAAACACACCCCUGUCCUCACACCAACUCCUUUUUCAUGAUUUCACACUAAAUGUGUUCUGCAUAUUUCAGGAGUUGAUAAAAAACACAGACAAAGGCAAUAGUGAAAGGGAAGGUCUGGAGCAGGCUUUAGAGGCCAUGCAGGUAACAAUGUCCCCUGGACAUAUUAAUCCACCUAUUUCAGGGGCAGGGGGUUUGGUUUGGCCCUUUCACUUAAUGCUUAGGUUUAGUAUUACUCCACCUAUGGGGACCCCACUCAUUUAAUGCUAAAGUUUAGCUUUACUCCACCUAUGGGGACCCCAUUCAUGUAAUGCUAAAGUUUAGGAUUACUCAACCUAUGGGGACCCCAUUUAUUUAAAGCUAAAGUUUAUGGUUACUCACAGCCAUUCAUUUAAUGCUAAAGUUUAGUAUUACUCCACCUAUGGGGACCCCAUUCAUUUAAUUUUUAAGUUUAAGAUUACUCCACCUAUGGGGACCCCAUUAAUUUAAUGCUAAAGUUUAGUAUUACUCCACCUAUUGGGACCCCAUUUAUUUAAUGCUAAAGGUUAGUGGGGGGGGAGGGGGGAUGGGACAUUCCAUCAAUGCUGGAAUACAGGAUUAUUUUAACUACGGGACUCCAAUAACUCUAUAGUUAUUUUCUGUUACUGAAAUGUAGUAUAAUAAAACCUGAUAUCAAAAGAGAUUUAGUUGUUAAUAUCAUUAGAGAAGAAUAUUUGCAUUGUCCUGCCAAGCUCACAAGAUGUUGUGUUUCACAUUAAUGACGCUAUCUUCUAAUGAUGGAUUCUCCUAGGAUCUGUCUCUGUACGUCAAUGAAGUGAAAAGAGACCAUGAAAGUUUGACAUUGAUUGAAGAGAUUCAAGAAAGGUUAGUAUCCUGUUGCAGUUAG